AAACCCGGAAACGAAACGAAAGUAAACAGAAAAUGACUUCUAAGAGUCGUGGCCAGAUGUGCUGUGUAUAUGCAUGUAGCAACUGUAGAUAUGACAAAGAAAACAAUCUAACAGGUGUUCACUUUUUCAACAUACCAAAGCGUGUGAUUGAAGAAAAAAAGUAUCGAGACAGAUGGUGCAAUUUGAUUAAAAGGCAAGAUGGUAGGGAUGGCUUCAAGUUGACUCCAAGGACAGUUAUAUGUCAUGAACAUUUUAAAGAGAAUGAUAUAAAAAUUGCUCUGAACAGUAAGCGAUGGUGUUUGAAGCCCGAUGUUGAGCCAUCAGUGUUUGACUGGUCAAAGAUUUGUACCCGCAAACCUCCUAAAGAGCGGUUUCCACUUUCACCACUUAAAUCCUUGGAGGAAGAAGAGACUUACAUUGCCACACCUUUACCAAACUAUAAUAUGUUCAAGUCUGAUGCUGAAGAGGAAUCUGAAUUUUAUAUCGGUACAGCAGACAAGGCUUGCCAAACUGAUCCUUUUGAAAUCAUACCUCAUGAAACCAGUUGUAUAGGGACUUCAGUUGAUGACUUAGACCAUAGUUACUCAACACCUAUCAAGGGUGUUUCUGAAUUAGAAAUGUUACAGAAACAGAUCAAUAACUUAAUUAAAAAGUGUGACCAGCUUCAAUGUGUCAUAAGUGAUCUGAACAAUGUUAUCACUGAUUUUGAAGCAAAUAGAUUUUCCCUAGACAAAAUUUGUGAUGACAAACAUGCCGUUAUGUUCUAUACAGGUUUUCCUAAUAUUGAAACAUUUAAUGCAUUUUAUGAAUAUAUAAAGACUAAAAGUGAGCGUUUGAAUUACUGGCGGGGACGUUGCGAGGUUGGUGAGGAGGUACCAAAAUAUCAGACGGCCAAUAUCAGUAGGCCAGGGAAAAAAAGAACUUUUUCAACAAAAGAGGAACUUUUUAUGGUGUUAGUGAGACUCAAAGUUGGAUUAUUUGUAAGGGACAUUUCUGAACGGUUUGGAAUUUCACAAGGAUAUUUUUCAAAGAUAUUUACAACAUGGAUCAAUUUUCUCCAUCAUGAACUCCCAUUGUUGUUUCCCUUUCCAUCACAGAAGUUAAUACGCCAAAAUAUCCCCUUAGAAUUGCCCAAUACCCAACAACAAGAAUUAUUCUAGACUGCAC